UGGAGACUGACAAGUAGCUGAUCAAAGCAGUAACACAGAGAUAUACAGAGGCAGGAAAUCCACAAAAGGUCUCCAUUCAUAGAUGAAUUCAACAUUCAUGAAACAUGAGAAUGAGAGUUUUGCUUGUCGUCACCACUCUUGUGGCUCUGGCCAGUGCAGCCAGCAUCUCUCUAGAAGACCUGGAGUUCAAUGCCUGGAAAUUGAAGUUUGGUAAGAUCUAUAAGUCUGUAGAGGAGGAGUCUCAGCAUAAGAUGACUUGGCUGGAAAAUCGCAAAGUGGUCCUGAUACACAACAUGCUGGCCGACCAGGGCAUUAAGAGCUACAGACUUGGCAUGACCUCCUUUGCAGACAUGAACAACCAGGAGUACAGAGAGACUGUGUUAAAGGGCUGCCUGGGAUUCUUCAACAGGACCAAGAAACACAGUGCAGCUACGUUCCUCCUACAGGCAGGAGGAGCUGUUCUGCCAGAUACUGUGGACUGGAGGGAAAAGGGCUACGUGACUGAGGUUAAGGACCAGAGGGAUUGUGGUUCUUGCUGGGCCUUCAGUGCGACAGGGUCACUGGAGGGCCAGACAUUUAGGAAGACGGGGAAGCUGGUGUCAUUGAGUGAGCAGCAGUUGGUGGAUUGCUCCAUGAAAUAUGGGAACAUGGGUUGCGAGGGAGGCUGGAUGGACUGGGCCUUUCAAUACAUUAUAGACAACAAUGGAAUCGACACAGAGGAGUCCUACCCUUAUGAGGCCAUUGAUAUGCUGUGCAGGUUUAAUCCAGCCACUGUGGGAGCCACUUGCACUGGCUAUGUGGAUAUAAAAAGUGGAGAUGAGAAGGCUCUACAGGAAGCUGUGGCUACCAUCGGACCCAUUUCUGUCGCCAUAGACGCAGGCCACAUGUCCUUCCAGUUCUAUGAAUCUGGUAUCUAUGAUGAGCCUGACUGUAGCAGCACUGAGAUGAAUCAUGGUGUCCUGAUUGUUGGUUAUGGCAUGGAAGAUGGACAAGACUACUGGCUGGUCAAGAACAGUUGGGGUCUUGGCUGGGGUGACAAUGGCUACAUCAAGAUGUCAAGGAACAAGAAUAACCAGUGUGGUAUUGCAAGAAAUGCCAGCUAUCCUCUGGUUUAAAGGUGGGAGAAAAACAACUCCAUGGGUAACUCAAUCUGCAGCAACUACAUGACUUGAUUAUCCACAUGUGAUACAUGUACAGUAUGUGACAAUGCUCACAGUCUCGGUGCUGUCAUUUUAAUGUUGUGAACUUAAAAUUUAUCGUGCUAAUAUACUUAUGGAGAAAGACAUUAAUCUGACAUUACUGGUGCUUAAACUGUGUUGCUGUCUAUUGAGUUUGGCAUUUAUAAUCUAACCUUUUGUUUUGUGAUUAAUUUUCCUUUUUGAUUCCUUUCUAAAUUACCUCAUGAUUUGUUAAGUUCUUUUGGACAAGAAAGCUAUGGCAUUCAGUGGCAUGAUAGGUUUAGCAUAAUAAAACCCUUGUGUUUAGUAAUACUGUUUUUGCUUAAUUAAAAGGAAUCUCAUGCAUACUGUCUUACUCUUAGUUUGUUUGCAUAUGAACUUUUCAGCAAUAUGUUGUUUUGCUUUUGGACGCAUUUGUAGUCCUUUUUUAAGUUACAAAUGUAUACAUCUUGGAAAUUACCGUUAAAAAUAGUAGAUAGGAAAUUAGACAUACUGAAAAAAUAGCACACUUUUUUUAAAUUAAAAAAAAAAACAACCAUAAAUCCACAUGCAAUUUUAUCACUUGUAUCGUCAGAGUGGACUUGGUAGCUAAAAGUUAAUGUGUUACAUGAUGCAUGUUACAGCGAAAAUUGUCACUAAACUGUUACACAUUUGGUUUUACAUCUGUCCAUGGUAACAAAUCUGUUAUUAAAGUCAUUAAAUGUAAAGUUCUUUUAACAUCUAAUGGUCAAACAAUCUACACAAGAGAAAACAAACAUUCAGUUGUUACCUAUCAAGAUAUAUCAAGUAAACUGAAUGCUGGUCACCUCUAGGCUGCCAAAAUUUCAUGUAAAAGCUGCUGACAACCCAUAUUUAUGUUCUUUCAUAAUAUUUUUUUUCAAUUGUUGUGUUACUGUACACAGUCAUCCAACACAUUCCCAUCCCUAACUAUCUAAUU